GCCCCUAGUGCCUGCUCGCCAGGCCUCAACACUCACACGCCCUCAUACAGAGUGAGAAAGAGAGAAAUAAAUAAAAGAAAAGAAAGAACAAGGAAAAACGAAGAGAGUGUGCCUCGUACGUGGUGCAGUGAAGCACAAGCCAUCCAGAGGUAAAAUGUCAGAGCAGCAGGGUGUACCGGAGCAGCUAGCAGCUGGAAAGAGCCAAGGAGGGGCAGGAGCCACCUAUAAGGUGGUGGUGUUUGAGUUCGAGAAUUUCCGUGGGAAGAAGGUGGAGCUGUCUGCAGAGUGUAAGGAUGUGAUUGAGAAGGAAUGUGAGAAGGUGGGAUCUGUCAUUGUGGAAUCUGGACCCUGGGUGGCGUUUGAGUGCCAGGCAUUUGGGGGGGAGCAGUUUGUCCUGGAGAAGGGCGAGUAUCCUCGUUGGAGCACCUGGACCAACAGCCAGACUAACAACUACUUGCUGUCCUUCAGGCCACUCCGAGUGGACAGUGCAGAUCACAAGCUCCACCUGUUUGACAAACCAGGUUACGCAGGGAGGAAGAUGGAGAUUGUGGACGACGACAUCCCCAGCCUGUGGGUCCAUGGCUUCCAGGACUGUGUGGCCAGUGUAAAGGCUCUGAAUGGAACGUGGGUGGGCUACAUGUUCCCAGGCUACAGGGGCCGCCAGUAUGUCUUUGAGCUUGGAGACUACAAGCACUGGAACGACUGGGGAGCCACGGCGCCUCAGAUCCAGUCCGUCCGACGAGUGCGUGACAUGCAGUGGCACAAAAGGGGCUGCUUCACCGCCUCUGCCCCGCCCCCUGCCCCCACUCCUGCACCCAACCCCACACCCCCACCCACCGCUGGCACCAGCUGAAAGACAGUGGCUGUGGCCCCAGGCUCCCUAAGAAGCCAAACCCGGGCCCCCCAACCAUCCAGGGCUCCACUGAGUCUCUCCUCAUCACAGAGGGCCACCAAGAAACAACGAACUCGGAAGUGAAGUGACCAUCACGGACUUACCUAUGUGUCUGGAGUGGAAAUAAUAAAGGCUUUGACCCUGAUUUGGUUUGAUCCAACUGGA